AUGCGGGCAUUUUGUCUCUAUUGCUAUCUCUUUAAAACCAAUUUUGAACAAGUGGGUAGUGAAGCUUUCACUGGAGAUGGAUUUAAGAAUUGGAAGAAAUGGAAAGAAAGAUUUAAGAUGCAUGUUGGACCGGUUGGGAGUGUUCAUAAUAAGGCUAGAAAAGCUGCUACAAAGUUGAUGAAUCAAAAUACACAUAUCGAAAUGGCAGUGAGCAAACACUCAGACCAAGCUUGUAAGGUUUAUUGCACAUGCUUGAAUGCAUCAAUCAAGUGCACUAAGGUUUUAUUGCAACAAGGUCUUGCUUUUCGUGGCCAUGAUGAAAGUGUCACUUCAAGCAAUAGGGGAAAUUACUUGGAGUUAUUGCAAUUUCUUGCAAAUAAUGAUGAUAAAGUUAAAGAAGUUGUGAUGGAAAAUGCUCCGGGGAAUCUCAAAUUACUAGCUCCAUGCAUUCAAAAAGAAAUUGUGAAUUCAUGUGCCCUUGAAACACUUGAUGUUGUCAUGGAUGGUCUAAAAGAUAGAUUCUUUUCAAUAUUGGUGGAUGAAGCACGUAAUGUGUCGGUGAAAGAGCAAAUGGCUAUGGUGUUGCGUUAUGUGGAUAACAAAGGGCAUGUAAUUGAAAUAUUUAUGGGUAUCCAACAUGUUACUGACACUACUUCAAGUUCACUAAAGGAUGCUAUUAAUACAUUCGUUUCUCGCAACGGUUUGAGCCUUUCCAAGCUACGAGGACAAGGUUAUGAUGGUGCUAGUAAUAUGAGAGCCAUACUAGGACUCACAAAUGAUUUGUCACAAGUAUUGCAAAGGAAAGAUCAAGAAAUUGUGAAUGCAAUGGCUUUAGUGAAAUCAUGCAAGGAAAAGCUACAUUGGAUGAGGAAUAAUGGGUUCAAUGCAUUGGUUAAUGAAGUAUCUUCUUUUUGUGAGAAGCAUCAUAUUGAUGUUCCUAACAUGGAAGAGGCAUUUAUACUUCCAGAGAGGUCAAGGCGUAAUGCUCCAAUAAAGACAAAUCGUCAUCAUUAUUGUGUGAAUCUCUUUAUUUAUGUCAUUGAUGAGCAAAUUACGGAGUUAGAGGAUCGAUUUAAUAAGUUUUACCGGUUGCAACUGCUUCAGUAUAGAGAGCUUUUUCUGUCAUGA